AUGCCCCCCACACUCAUGGCCCUGCUCUGCCUCGGGCUGAGCGUGGGCCUGAGGACCCCAGUGCAGGCAGGGACCCUCCCCAAACCCACCAUCUGGGCGGAGCCAGGCCCUGUGAUCCCCUGGGGGAGCCCUGUGACCAUCUGGUGUCAGGGGACUCGGCAGGCCCAGGAGUUCCGACUGGAUAAAGAGGGAACCUCAUUGCUUUGGGCCACACAGAAGCCACUGGGUCCCAGGGACAAGGCCAAGUUCUCCAUCACACAGAUGACAGAGCGCACUGCAGGGUUAUAUCGCUGUUACCAUCACAGCCCCCCUGACUGGUCAGAGCGCAGUGACCCCCUGGAGCUGGUGGUGACAGCCUACAACAGUGAACCCAGCCUCUCAGCCCUGCCCAGCCCUGUCGUGACCUCAGGAGGGAACGUGACCCUCCAGUGUGGCUCAGGGCAGGGAUUUGGCAGGUUCAUUCUGAUGAAGGAAGGAGAACGCAGGUUCUUCUGGGCCCUGGACUCACAGCGACACCCCAGUGGGCAGUUCCAGGCCUGGUUCCCUGUGGGCCCUGUGACCCGCAGCCACAGGUGGAGGUUCAGAUGCUAUGGAUAUUACAGGAACAGACCCCAAGUGUGGUCACUGCCCAGUGAUUCCCUGGAGCUCCUGAUCUCAGGACCCUCUGGGAGCCCCAGCCCCCCACCCACGGGGCUCACCUCAACACCUGGUCUUCAAACAUACCAGGUAGUUUUGAUUGGAAUCUCUGUGACCUUCAUCCUGCUGCUCUUUUUCCUCCUCUUCCUCCUCAAGCACCAAAAGAAACACAGAAAGUCAGGUGCUUCAGACCCUGAAAUUAAGACCAGAGCACUACAGAAAAGCUCCAGCUCCACAGCUCAUGUUCAGGUGGAGAACCAGUGCAGUCAGAGAGGAGGUGCUUCCAUAAGAGAUACCCAAUCUGAAGAGGACAAAGGGAUGGACAGUGAGGAUGCUCCAUCUGAAUACCCCCAGGAUGUGACCUAUGCCCAGCUGAACCGCUUGACCCUCAACCGAGCGACAAGAGCACCCCGUUCUUCCCCAUCAGAGGAGCCCCCAGAUGAGCCGAGUGUGUACGCUGCUCUGGCUCCAAGGCCAGAGGGAGAAGACUUCAUGAUGCUAACACUCACGGCCCUGCUCUGUCUCGGGCUGAGCGUGGGCCUGAGGACCCCAGUGCGAGUAGGGACCCUCCCCAAACCCACCAUCUGGGCUGAGCCAGGCUCUGUGAUCCCACGAGGGAGCCCCGUGACCAUCUGGUGUCAGGGGACCCUGCAGGCCCAGCGAUUCCAUCUGCAGAAAGAGGGAGACACAGUGUCUUUGGAAACACAGAAGACACUUGAACCCGGAGAAAAGGCUGUGUUCUCCUUCACACGCAUGACAGAAUAUGAUGUGGGGAGAUAUCACUGUUCCUAUCGCAGCCUCACUGGCUGGUCAGAGCACAGUGACGCCCUGGAGCUGGUGGUGACAGGAUUCUACAGCACACCCAGCCUCUCAGCCCUGCCCAGCCCUGUCGUGACCGCAGGAGGGAACGUGACCCUCCAGUGUGGCUCACGGCAGAAAUUUGAGAGGUUCGUUCUCAUUAAGGAAGGAGAACACAGGCCCUCCUGGACCCUGGACUCACAGCCACACCCCAGUGGGCAGGUCCAGGCCCUGUUCCCUGUGGUCCCCGUGACUCCAAGCCACAGGUGGAGGCUCAGGUGCUAUGGCUGUUACAGGAACAGCCCCCUGAUAUGGUCACAGCCCAGUGACACCCUGGAGCUCCUGGUCUCAGGAGCAGCCGACACCAUCAGCCCGUCACAGAGCAGCCCAGAUAACAAGAGUGCCUCCCACCCCCAAGACUACACAGUGGGGAACCUCAUCCGCAUGGGCGUGGCUGGCUUGGUGCUGGUGGUCCUCGGGGGGCUGCUGCUUCAGGCUCGAGACAGCGAGAGGAGGGCCCACGCUGCUGCCAGGAAGUGAGCUCACGGGAAAGGUGCACCGUUCAGAGAGGUAGAGCCUUGGAAAAGAAGUCAUGUGCCCAGAAGGUUCUGGAAGAUAGUCUGG